UGGCAUCUCUGGUGUGCAUUCAAAGCAUUCAAAAAUUUCAAAUCUGUAAUGUCAAGAAAAAUCAAAUUUCAAAAACGAUUAUAACAAUAACAUAUGAAAUCAUUACUUUUUUUAUAUGUCGAUAUCUUAGAACAGAAGUAAAAUGGAGCAGCAUGACACGAAAACUCAGGAGCUAUAUAGUUUAACUAACGUCCACAGCAAAUCAGUGGAACAAGGUCAAUUCGUCCACGUAGUCGAACUGCCGAAAAUGAAAGAUGAGGGGUUUAAAAUGAAAGCAACAGUGUUCAAAGUUGAAUCUAAUCAGCAAACGAACGAAUUCGACGACCGAUCCGAGAAAACCACAAACACUUACGCUGAAUCAAAUGAUACUUCUUAUAUUUGUGGCGUGUGCGGGGAAAACUUUGCGUGCUCUUUUAACCUUGAGCAGCAUCGGAUGGUCCAUUUUGAAGUGAACCCUAACGAAACAAUCUGCAGAAAUAAUUUCAAUGACUUGGCUUUCGUUCCUGGUGAAAAUAUGAAUAAAGAUCUGGAAAUUCACAGUCAUAGUCGUGUAGUCGAAAAACCUCAUAGAUGUGCAGUAUGUGGAUUAGGAUUUAAGAAACGCACCAAUCUCAAAACACACACAUAUGUUCACACAGGAGAAAGGCCUCAUGGCUGUGAAGUGUGUGGAAGGAAAUUCAGUUAUCGGAGAGAUCUCAAAGCCCAUAUGCUUAUUCACACUAACGAAAAACCUCAUAAGUGUGAAGUGUGUAGCAAAGAUUUCCGCACUAGAAAAAUAUUGAAAGUACACCAGAGAACUCAUACGGAUAUCAAACUUUAUAAAUGUGAUUCGUGCGAGAAAGGAUUCCACACCAAAACUGCCCUUACCAGUCACAAAAUAACCCAUAUGGAUGUUAAACCGCAUAGUUGUGAAAUUUGCGGAAAGGGUUUUAGUAAGCCCUUUUAUCUUAGUUCCCACAUGAUAACACAUACGGAUACAACACCUUAUAACUGUGAUGUAUGCGGAAAAGGAUUUUAUUCGAAGAGGAACUUUAUUACCCACAAACUGAUUCACACGGAUGAAAAACCUCUCAAAUGCAAAGUUUGUCAAAAAGAAUUUCGUCAUAGAAGCUCACUUUCGGAACAUGCAUACAUACACACGGGAAAGCCACCACCUACUUGUGAAGUAUGUGGGAAAAUUUUCCCGAUGCGGAAGAAUCUUACAGCACACAUGAUUGUACAUGCAAAGGAAACACGUUACAAUUGCGAUAUUUGCGGCAAAGGUUUUCAUUCACGUCAAAACCUUGCUAAGCAUUGGUUAAUUCAUACCAAUGAGAAACCGCUGAAGUGUGAAGUAUGUUGUAAAGAAUUUCGGGAACGUUACAGACUCGCAGAACAUGCUAUGACUCACACAGACAAAAAUCCUUUUAAGUGCGAUGUUUGCGGAAAAGGAUUAAAAUCGCGUAGAAGUUUUUCAACGCACAUGUUGAUUCAUACAAACGAGAAACCGCACAAAUGUGAAAUAUGUGAAAAACAUUUUCGUUCGAUCAAUACUCUUUCACUACACAAGAGAAUUCACACAAACGAAAAGCCUUAUCAAUGUGAUCAUUGCGGAAAAACAUUUCGACUACGCGGAAACCUUUCAAAACAUGAGCGUAUUCACACUGGUGAUAAACCUCAUAAAUGUGACGAGUGUGGAAAAGGAUUUACCAUGCCUUGUUAUCUGGCGACCCAUAAGCUACUGCAUCUAAAAAAAAAACCUUAUGCAUGUUCUUCCUGUGGACAAGGUUUUAACACUUCCAAAGCUUUAAUACAGCAUGAAAGAAAGACACACGGGCAGAUUCCAACACAAAUGCGAGGCGAUUAAAAACAUAAUAGGGAAUGCAUACAAUAAAAUAACGUGAAAUGGUUUCAAACAUCAAAGUGCAUAUUUUAGUGAAAAAUCAAACGAAGCAAACGAAUUGUUACGUUGUUUUAAAUCAAAGUUUUCCCCUCCGCAGGUUUUGUAAGUUGAGAGCAUAAAACACAUUCCCACUAUCUUAUCAGCAGCUAUUGAAUCUGAUCAAAAUUUGACAUCUUGUAUAGCGUAUUACAGUUUGAGAGUUAAAAUUUCCUGGAAUAAAUUUUAUUUUCAUUGUAA